GGAUUCUGCCGCCUCUGGAUCCCAGGGUUUGCUGAAAUGGCUGCACCUUUGUAUCCUCUAACUAAACAAGGGACAAUGUUUGAUUGGGGAGAGGAACAGCAGAGGGCUUUCAAAAACAUUAAGAAAGCCUUACCAGCCUCCCCUGCUUUAGGCCUCCCUGACAUCACCAAACCCUUUGACUUGUUCGUGGAUGAGAGACAGGGUUACGUCAAAGGGGUCCUAACUCAAAAACUGGGCCCUUGGAGGCGUCCUGUAGCUUAUCUCUCAAAGAAACUCAACCCAGUUUCUUCAGGGUGGCCGCCCUGUCUGCGAAUGGUAGCAGCUAUUGCAGUCCUCACUAAAGACGCGGGUAAACUAACCCUGGGCCAGCCACUGACUAUCCUGGCACCCCAUGCGGUGGAAGCCUUGGUCAAGCAGCCUCCAGACCGCUGGCUCUCCAAUGCCAGCAUGACUUACUACCAAGCCCUGCUCCUGAAUGCGGACCGGGUGCAAUUCGGACCUGUGGUCGCUCUUAAUCCCGCGACCUUGCUCCCCCUGCCUGAGGACUCGGAACACCACGACUGCCUCCAGAUCCUCGCAGAAACACACGGGACCAGACCGGACCUGACGAAUCAACCCCUCCGAGAUGCUGACUAUACUUGGUAUACGGAUGGCAGCAGUUUCCUGGCAAAUGGGAAACGAAAGGCGGGGGCAGCAAUGACAACAGAGACUGAGGUAGUUUGGGCAGAAGCCCUACCAGCAGGCACCUCCGCCCAGAGGGCUGAACUCAUCGCUCUGACCUAGGCACUCCGGAUGGCAGAAGGAUGGGUAGAAGCCUUUCCCACCAAAAACGAAACCGCAAAGGUGGUAACCAAAAAGCUCUUGGAAGAAAUAUUUCCCAGGUACGGAAUGCCUCAAGUCUUAGGCACCGAUAAUGGGCCCGCCUUCGUCUCCCAGGUAAGUCAGUUGGUGGCCAAACUCCUAGGGGUCGAAUGGAAAUUACAUUGUGCGUAUAGACCCCAAAGUUCAGGACAGGUAGAACGCAUGAAUAGAACAAUUAAGGAGACCUUAUCCAAAUUAACGCUUGCAACUGGCACUAGAGACUGGGUGCUCCUCUUACCACUGGCCCUGUACAGGGCCCGCAACACUCCGGGGCCUCAUGGACUGACUCCCUUUGAAAUCCUAUAUGGGGCUCCUCCCCCAUUUAUAAAUUUCUUUAAUUCAAACAUUGCCGAUUUUGCUAACAGUCCUUCUCUGGAGGCUCAUUUACAGGUGUCUAC